AUGAUAGUACCCGUAACGGAAGAAAAUUUCGGCGUUCCUGAGAGCAAUAACUCCCGAGAGAGUUAUGUUGAGGGUGUGGAUCCCCAGCCACCUGCGGACGUGUUUUCCCAGGAAACCACCGAGACAGUGAAUGUCUUGGUGAAUGACGGAUCAAGUAUAGGUGCUUAUACACUUAAUCUGGUGACGCCCCCGAAGUCAGCUUCGGAGGUGGUCAAUCUGCCCACGCUUGAAUCUAAAAGAUCCUUGCGAGAUCUGCGUAGUGACAAGAUCAAUCAGAUCUGCGUACUCGUCACAGAAGACGAGUGCGUCGCCGAUAUUCGGUCAACAGAAGUGUUUACUGAGAACGAACAGGUUAUCAGUAGCUCGUCGAUGGAUGAGAGUGUUUUUGAUAAGACGACUCAGACUGAGCGAUACACGUCUCAAUCUUGGGAGUCUUUGAAGGCAAAUCCUUUGUAUAAGGAUUUGGUGGAAUUAAGAGAUGUUUUACCUGAAUCCGUGCCAUGCGAUCUGCCCAAAGGCAAAGUCACUCAGCAUGAGAUUGAACUGAAACCCGGUUCAAAAUAA